AACUGCCUGAGGGAUGGAGGGAAGUCCAUCAGGAGUCCAUUUAGGAAGGUCCGAAGAGCGGUCGUUAGGGAGGGACUAAGCAGAAGGGCCAUUGCUUCUGGGUUGGCAGUGUCACAAGCAAAGCAUAAAGAAGCUGGGGGUGUGUCCCAGGAGGAGACAACAGCCAAUGAAAAGCAGCCAUGGGCGUGGCGCUGUCAAACUUCAGGGGGCGGGGCCGAGGAAGACCGAGCCAGGGAUGGGCCCCAAGGCGAAGCCAAUGAAGAGCCGCCAAGUGGGCGGGGUUUCGUCUAAGGCCAAGGUCGGAACCAAUGAGAAGCGGCGCCUCGUCUGUCCCCACCCCCGCGUUCCCCCGCCCGUGCAGGGCGCGCGCCGGAGCCACGGGCAGCCGUUAGGGGCGGGGCCUGCAGCCACCCGCGCGAGGCUCGCGCCCUCCCCUUUGUGUCGCCAUGGCGGCGGCGGCGGCGGCGGCAGCGAAGAGGACGACGAACGAGGGGUCGAGAGCGGCUGGGGCCUGAGGGAGCUGCGCGACCAUGGUGGCCCCAUGCUCCAGGCACAGAGAGAGUCAGCUCCCAUCCUGCCUUGGGGAGCUUCCUGGGCUGGAGGGGGACACACCCUGAGGGCUCGCAGCACUGACAGCCUGGAUGGUCCAGGUGAGGGCUCUGUGCAGCCCCUGCCAGCGCCUGGGGGGCCCAGUGGAAAGGGGAAGCCAGGGAAGAGGCUCUCCGCCCCUCGGGGCCCCUUUCCCCGGCUCGCGGACUGCGCCCACUUUCACUAUGAGAAUGUUGACUUUGGCCACAUCCAGCUCCUGCUGUCUCCAGAGCGUGAAGGCCCCGCCCUCUCUGGGGAGAAUGAGCUGGUGUUCGGGGUACAGGUGACCUGUCAGGGCCGCUCCUGGCCGGUUCUCCGCAGUUACGAUGACUUCCGCUCUCUGGAUGCCCACCUCCAUCGCUGCAUAUUUGACCGGAGGUUUUCCUGUCUGCCAGAGCUCCCCCCACCUCCAGAGGGCGCCAGGGCUGCCCAGAUGCUGGUGCCCCUGCUGCUGCAGUACCUGGAAACACUGUCAGGACUGGUGGACAGCAACCUCAACUGUGGGCCUGUUCUCACUUGGAUGGAGCUGGACAAUCAUGGCCGCCGACUGCUGCUCAGCGAGGAGGCCUCCCUCAACAUUCCUGCUGUGGCUGCUGCACACGUGGUUAAACGGUACACGGCCCAGGCGCCUGAUGAGCUGUCUUUCGAGGUGGGAGACAUCGUCUCUGUGAUCGACAUGCCGCCCACGGAGGAUCGCAGCUGGUGGCGUGGCAAGCGAGGCUUCCAGGUCGGCUUCUUCCCCAGUGAAUGUGUGGAGCUCUUUACAGAGCGGCCGGGGCCAGGCUUGAAGACAGAUGCCGAUGGCUCCCUGUGUGGCAUCCCAGCUCCCCAGGGCCUCUCCUCUCUGACUUCAGCUGUGCCCCGGCCGCGGGGGAAGCUGGCUGGCCUGCUCCGCACCUUCAUGCGCUCCCGCCCUUCUCGGCAGCGGCUGAGGCAGAGGGGAAUCCUGCGGCAGAGGGUAUUUGGCUGUGAUCUUGGAGAGCACCUCAGCAACUCGGGCCAGGAUGUGCCCCAGGUGCUGCGCUGCUGCUCAGAGUUUAUCGAGGCCCAUGGGGUGGUGGAUGGAAUCUACCGGCUGUCGGGCGUGUCCUCCAACAUCCAGAGACUGCGGCACGAGUUCGACAGUGAGAGAAUCCCUGAACUGUCUGGCCCGGCCUUCCUGCAGGAUAUCCACAGCGUGUCCUCCCUCUGCAAGCUCUACUUUCGAGAGCUGCCAAACCCCUUGCUCACCUACCAGCUCUAUGGGAAGUUCAGUGAGGCCAUGUCAGUGCCUGGUGAAGAGGAGCGCCUGGUGCGAGUCCAUGACGUCAUCCAGCAGCUGCCCCCGCCACACUACAGGACCCUGGAGUACCUGCUGAGGCACUUGGCCCGCAUGGCGAAACACAGUGCCAACACCAGCAUGCAUGCCCGCAACCUGGCCAUUGUCUGGGCCCCCAACCUGCUACGGUCCAUGGAGCUGGAGUCGGUGGGGCUGGGUGGGGCGGCUGCCUUCCGGGAGGUGCGCGUGCAGUCGGUCGUGGUGGAAUUCCUGCUUACACAUGUGGACGUCCUGUUCAGUGACACCUUUACCUCUGCUGGUCUCGACCCUGCAGGCCGCUGCCUCCUCCCCAGGCCCAAGUCGCUUGCUGGCAGUGGCCCCUCCACUCGUUUGCUGACACUGGAGGAAGCCCAGGCUCGCACCCAGGGUAGGCUGGGCACACCCACUGACCCUGUGACUCCCAAAGCCCCAGCCUCACCUGUGGAGAGGAGGAAAGGUGAGAGAGGAGAGAAGCAGCGGAAGGCAGGCGGUAGCAGCUGGAAGACAUUCUUUGCCCUGGGCCGGGGCCCCAACACCCACCGAAAGAAGCCCCUACCUUGGCUUGGGGGCACCCGUGCCCCUCGGCAGCCUUCAGGCAGCAGACCUGACACGGUCACCCUGAGAUCCGCCAAGAGUGAGGAGUCUUUGUCAUCACAGGCCAGCGGGGCUGGCCUGCAGAGGCUGCACAGGCUGCGGCGACCCCACUCUAGCAGUGACGCUUUCCCAGUGGGCCCGGCGCCCGCUGGCUCCUGCGAGAGCCUGUCCUCCUCCUCCUCCUCCUCGUCCUCUUCUUCCUCCUCCUCGUCCUCCUCCGCGUCCUCAGCGGCCGCACUGGGGGUACUCUCUGGCUCCCCCUCACACCGCACGUCGGCCUGGCUGGAUGAUGGGGAUGAGCUGGACUUCAGCCCACCCCGCUGCCUGGAGGGGCUCCGGGGGCUGGACUUCGAUCCCCUCACAUUUCGCUGCAGCAGCCCCACCCCGGGGGAUCCUGCGCCUCCUGCCAGCCCAGCCCCCCCAGCCCCUGCCUCUGCCUUCCCACCCAGGGUGACCCCACAGGCACUCUCACCCCGUGUGCCCACCAGCCCUGCUUCACCCACUGCCCUGGACAUCUCGGAGCCCCUGGCUGUAUCCGUGCCACCUGCUGUGCUGGAACUGCUAGGGGCUGGAGGGACACCUGUCUCAGUCACCCCGACGACAGCCCUCAGCCCUGCCCCAAGCCCACGCCCCCACCUCAUCCCCCUGCUGCUGCGUGGAGCUGAGGCCCAGCUGAGCGAAACCUGCCAACAGGAGAUCAGCAGCAAGCUGUCACUGCCGAGUGCCCGGGGAACCCAAGACCAGCAUGGUUCUGGAAUGGACUCACCACUGCUGCACCCACCCCUAUCCCUCCUGCGCCCCGGGGGGGCUCCACCCCCACCCCCCAAGAAUCCAGCACGUCUCAUGGCCCUGGCCCUGGCUGAGCGGGCUCAGCAGGUAGCUGAGCAACAGAGCCAACAGGAGCAUGAGGGCACCCCACCAGCUCCUCGUUCCCCUUUCCGCCGCUCACUGUCCCUGGAGGUGGGUGGGGAGCCCCCAGGGGCCACAGGGAGUGGGCCAAUCCCCCACUCCCUAGCCCACCCUGGAGCCUGGGCCGCUGCACCCCCAUCCUACCUACCGAGGCAGCAAAGCGAUGGGAGCUUGGUGAGGAACCCACGGCCUAUGAGCACCUCACGCAGGGGACUCAGAGGCCCUUCCCAGGUCAGUGCCCCGCUCAGGGUGAGUGGGGGGUGCAUGGAUGUGCCAGAGGUGACAACCCAACCCCCGUGUUCUGUCCCUUCACAGGUUCCUACCCCAGGCUUCUUCUCCCCAGCCCCCCGGGAGUGCCUGCCACCUUUCUUUGGGGUCCCCAAACCAGGCUUGUAUCCCCUGAGUCCCCCAUCCUUCCCGCCCAGCUCACCAGCCCCAGUCUGGAGGAGCUCUCUGGGCCCCCCGGCAUCACUGGACCGGGGGGAGAACCUGUACUAUGAGAUUGGGGCAGCUGAGGGUUCCUCCUACUCUGGCCCUACCCGGUCCUGGAGUCCCUUUCGCUCCAUGCCCCCUGAUAGGCUCAAUGCCUCCUAUGGCAUACUUGGCCAGUCGCCCCCCUUGCACAGGUCCCCCGAUUUCUUGCUCAGCUACCCACCUGCCUCCUCCUGCUUUCCCCCUGAUCACCAUGGCUACUCAGCUGCACAACACCCUGCCCGGCGCCCCACCCGGCCUGAGCCCCUCUAUGUGAACCUCGCCCGGGGACCCAGGGGUCCUUCACCCACCUCCUCCAGCUCUUCUUCCCCUCCCGCCCAUCCCCGAAGCCGCUCUGAUCCUGGCCCGCCAGCUCCCCGCCUCCCUCAAAAGCAGCGGGCACCCUGGGGUCCUCGCACCCCUCACAGGGCACCUGGGCCCUGGGGCCCUCCUGAACCACUCUUGCUCUAUAGGCCAGGCCCGCCAGCCUAUGGGAGGGGUGGUGAGCACCCCCGAGGGUCUUUGUAUAGAAAUGGGGGGCAAAGAGGAGAGGGGGCUGGCCCCCCGCCUCCCUACCCCACUCCCAGCUGGUCCCUUCACUCUGAGGGCCAGACCCGGAGCUACUGCUGAGCUAGAGCCAAGAGAGAAACCUUCCUGCCUGCCCCUCCCCUCGCUGGAUGGCGCCUGACCAAUCCCUUGUUUUGUAUUUUUCUUGAGCCGCUGAUCCAUACCCCAAGUUUCUAACUUUGUAACAGGCUUCUGAAGUGUGUCCCUAACCUGUAAUCAUAGCCUAUCUCCCCUGAGCUCAAGGGCAUGCCCAUCCUCCCACCCCUCUCCAUCCUGGGGUCCCUCGCAUAAAUGGGAGAGAGGCCAGGCUGGCACCCCGCCCAAUCUCUCUAAGGAGCCCCCAGCACAUCCUGACCUGUGCAGGGGCUGAGGGGGAGGGCUCCUGCCCAUCUACCCCCCACAUCCCACUAAAUCAUCUGACAAAAUUAAUGAAUAAAAAUGGUGACAACGUG